AUGUUUGCGUCUAGCAGUUUCUCCCUUUCCUCAGUCUCCGACUUGACGGAGCUGUCGCGAACACCUUCUCCCGUCGACAGUUCUGCCCCUGCCUCUGCGAGUCAGCCUCCUUCUGCGAGUCAGCCUCCUCCUGUCCCCCCCGCGGUGGCUGUUGUCUGUCCCCCCGGGUCCCGGCUCCGCCUUGCUUCCGCCAUCACCCGGCAGCACGGCACCUCUGUGUGGACUAUGCGCAAUGUCUGGUCGGUUCCUACUGCUGUGGGAAACCUCGUCACUGGGCCCCCUCCGCCUCCGGCGGGCACACCUAAGGCUCAAUGGGAUGCUCCUCCGCCCACCGCGGGCGGCCCUGCCAUCUGGGAGCAGGCCCAGAUGGUGGAGUUGCCCCCGGACGCUUGGUUUCUCGGGCGCUCACGCUGGAACGCCGCGGUGGUCCCUGGACUCCCUCCCUGA